AUGUCGCUCGCCUCUGGUGUUUCCAUCACCGAUGAGUGCAUCACUGCAUUCAACGAGUUCCGCAUGAGCGGCGGUAGCAAGGCUGCCAAGACCAAGUUCAUCAUCUUCAAGAUCGCCGACAACAAGAAGGAGGUCGUCAUCGACGAGGUCUCGCAGGACCCCGACUACGAGGUCUUCCGCUCUCACCUCGAGGCUGCUCGUGACGACAAGGGUAACCCCGCUCCUCGUUAUGCUGUCUACGACGUCGAGUUCGAUCUCGGUGGCGGCGAGGGCAAGAGAAGCAAGAUCAUCUUCAUCUCUUGGGUUCCCAGCGACACCCCUACUCUGUGGUCCAUGAUCUACGCCAGCACUCGGGAGAACCUGAAGAACGCGCUGAACAUCCACACUUCCAUCCACGCCGACGACAAGGGCGACAUCGAAUGGAAGACCGUCCUGGCCGAGGCCAGCGGUGGCAAGGCCGGCAAAUAA